CAACACCCAAGAGUUUGCUGCUCAUCUGUAGCAGAAGGAAAGUAAGAGAUGUGGAACGACAGACCGUGAUUUUCUUGAAUGUGAGACAGAGGAACUGCACUGCUUAUUGAAAGAACACAGAGAGUAUGGCAGCCCUUAGUUAGUCACUAUAUGCUUUCGUUUUAUGGAAAAGAGCAGAAGAAAUAAAAUUGUACGAGUUUAAAACUAACUUGGGGGUAGAUGGUCAGAUUUUCUCAACUGCUGUGAUGAGAAGAGUGGCCAUGAGUCCUCAAACCUGGAUCUUUUGUGCACUAAUUUGUGUCCUCAUAUGUGUCCAAAGCAAGAGCACAUACAAAGGAUCUGUCCUGACUCGAAGACGCAGGGUCACAGAAGAGGAAGCAGAUGAGGCCCCUAAAAAGUGCUCUUAUACCUUUCUGGUCCCAGAGCAGAAGAUCACAGGGCCCAUAUGUGCAAGCCAGAGGCCUUCUCUUCCAGAUAAAGACCGUAUAACACACAUGGACAUAGCUGAUGUUCGGGAACUCCUGACCAAGCAGAGACGUGAAAUGGACACUCUCCGUUUGAUUGUGGAUGUGGACGGAAACAUGGUCAAUGAAAUGAAACUUCUGCGCAAAGAGUCGCGCAACAUGAACUCCCGUGUUACCCAGCUAUACAUGCAGUUGCUGCAUGAAAUUAUUCGAAAACGUGAUAAUUCAUUAGAGCUGGCACAGCUGGAGGGACGAAUCCUCAAUGCCACAGCUGAGGCAUUGCGACUGUCCGGACACUUCAGAGAACUGGAAGCGCGGUUCUCUGCACUGGCCGCGGUGGUUAAUAACCAGUCGGUGGCGAUUGGUGCUUUGGAGGAGCAAUGCCUGCAAGUUUAUGGCAAUCACAGGCAGGAGCCGCUGCCUCCACCUCUCGUACAGGUUGUGCCGGAGAACAUCCCAGUAUAUGUGCCUCGAUUUUCCAAUGAGAUUCAGAGGAGUCACAGCUGGGCCUUUGCAGGAGAUAGGAGUUCCAGGACAAGUCCAUCACCUACGGGAAGCACCCUAGCACUGCAACAUCCACCUCAAGGCAACUUCAGUUUAGAAGGUCCCUUUCGGGACUGUUUUCAGGCGAUGCAAGCUGGACAUGACACAAGUGGGCUGUAUCUUUUGAAGCCUGAUGAGACUGAGACUCCUGUACAGGCCUGGUGUGAGCAUGAUGUGGACAGAGGGGGCUGGACAGUCAUCCAGAAAAGGAAAGAUGGUUCUGUCAACUUCUUCAGAAACUGGAAUAGUUAUAAGAAGGGGUUUGGCAGUGUUGAAGGUGAACACUGGUUGGGUCUGGAAAACAUCUACAAUCUGGGCAAACAGGAAGACUACAAGUUACUGGUGGAGCUGGAGGACUGGAUGGAUAAAAAGGUUUAUGCAGCAUAUAGCAGUUUUCACCUGGAGCCAGAGAGUCAAUCUUACCGUCUGCGUCUGGGCAUCUACCAGGGUAAUGCUGGAGACUCCUUAACCAGUCACAAUGGCAAACAGUUCACCACACUGGACCAUGACAAAGAUGCCUUCCCAGGUAACUGUGCUCAUUUCCAUAAGGGUGGCUGGUGGUACAAUGCCUGCGGUCAGACCAAUCUGAAUGGAGUGUGGUACUCAGGAGGAGUUUAUCGCAGCAGAUUUCAGGAUGGUAUUUUUUGGGCAGAUUACGGAGGUGGUUUUUACUCCAUGAAGUCUGUGCGUAUGAUGAUCAGGCCAAUUGACUGAAGAAAAAGCAUGACUAGGCUGCAGCUUUUUCUGCAUCUAAUCUAUUCAGGAUCUGUGGGGAAACACCAUGCAAAUUCAACAUGAUGUUUUAUUUAUCAUCUUGUCUGUGUCCCUAGGCCAGAAAAGCUAGUGAAAUAUAUAACAGCUUUAAUAAAUAAUUUUUUGUAUAAACAUUUUUUUUUUUCUCCAUUGUUUUAUUUUAUGUGACAGCAAAAUAGAUGGUUGGUUUUGAGGCACUUUUGGACAAAAGUGACAUCAUCAUUGUCGGUUGUUUGUAAUUAAACCUUCUUUAAAUGUCCUUAGAGUUGUAUAAUAAAAAACAAAAAUAUGUUUUGCCGAAUUAUGUCAACAACAAACAAAAGUUUUCUUUAUGCUUAGAAAUGAAAGCUGAAGAGAUAAGAUUUGAGUAGUUUAGAAGAAUGGGAAAAGUUUUAAAUCAUGCAUCAUUUUAACAUCUGCUUUUCACACCAUGGCAAUGUAAAAAGUGUUUUCUCAGGUAAUAUAAAAUGUAACAUCUAAAUUAGCUGAUUUUAUUCAAGUCAGUUAUACGAUUUAAAAUAAUUCAAUCAACCUGACCACAUUGAGUUACACAAACAAAAGUAAUUUUGUAAAAUAUGUACAUAACAGAUUACAUAGACAAUACAAAGAGUGAAACACAUCCUGAAUUCAAAUAAACAGCA